AUGAAGUAUGAUUUAAACUGUGCCAAUAUAUCUCAAAACCGCUUUAAUAGCUUUUAUGCACCUGACAAAGAUCGCAAGCAUAGCUGGAAGUGUCCAGAAUGUUACAGUAAGCAACCUAAAGUGGAUAAUACUAACAGCCCCAUCCAACCUGCUGCUCGUCGCGACCUUGUGGAAAGCGGAGACCUUGGCAACACCUGUGGUACUGGAAACUUGGGACCGCACUCCGGAAAUAUCACCCUGAGGAAGCGCAAUCUGGCAAAGUCAAUUUCUCUCGUUGACUGCUCAUCAGAGGAACCUGGGAAUGGCGGCGAUUACAUUACUGAAACUAAGCUGAGAAGCAUACUUCAACAGGAACUCGCGAGAGCACUUCGUUUAACAAUAAGGCAGCUUGUGACCGCAGAGAUAAAGAAUAUGUCGGGUGAAAUCAAGGAACUGAGGGAAUCUCUAACGUUUUUCAACAGGCAGUAUGAAGAUUUAAAAUUGGCUUUGGACGAAAGGAAUACAUUAGUCGAUAACUUAAGAAGGGACAAUGAUAAGCUGAAUCUAGCAGUAGACAAAUUGACGCAUCGGCUCCACCUAGUUGAACAAAAUAUGAGAGACAGCAAUAUCGAAAUAAAUGGCAUUCCGGAACACAGACACGAGAACUUUCUGAAGAAUAUAUAUAUAAUAAUAAGAAUCUGCUGA